UCAAGGCCUUGCUUGAAGUUGCAUUUUUGUUGUGUGGGUUCGGUUUUAUACUUUGUUAUUUUCUGUUCUCAUCUGCUAGACCUAAAGAGCAGCUUAUAAACAAGGAGCUGUUGAAUGCAUCGUGCUUGACACCUACACGAAGCGCUAUAUUUUGUCUUUGUUGCAUUUGUUUUUGUUUACAAUGAAUAUAGUACUACUACUCAGCACUAGUACUACUAAGUACUAGGCCUAGUUUGAGUAUAGACAAAAGACGUUGAAAAGUUGCCACGUUACUCGCUACGACACUAAUGUGAUGGUGGUGACUAUUCUCUGUGAGUGUGACUGUGGGCAAUACCCCAACCGUAAUUAUACCUUGUUGCUUCGACUGCGCGGGAUUAGGUGUCCCGUCUGUACUGUAGAUAAUGAUACUGUACAACAUGAGCACAAGAAUGAGAUACGUCGUGUGUCUCGGAGUAGUCAUCGUGGGGAUCUUCUUCUUACGAACGUACGACUCGUACGGACUGCUGCCAAACCACGCGGCUGUCCCGAACCGUUUCGUCACGGUCACAGAAGCUGACAUGUGGAAAGAUCUUUACAGAGAAGAGCAGCCUGAAGGCGAUAAACCUCUAUGCCCCACUAUGCCACAUAGUAUGGGUGGCAAAAGUCAUACGGUCGAGGUGUCACUGGACAGCACCCGAUGGGAGCAAAUAGAAGCGAAGUUGGCCAAUGUUCAGCAAGGUGGACGAUGGAAGCCAGAGGACUGUCUCUCGCAACACAGGGUGGCUAUUAUUAUUCCAUACAGGGACAGAGAUGAGAAUUUGCGUGUGUUGCUGAAUCAUCUCCAUCCAUUCCUUCAGAAGCAGCAGCUGGACUACGCCAUCUACGUGAUUGAACAGACGUCCGGCAGACCGUUCAACCGAGCGAAGCUGUUCAAUGUUGGCUACAGCGAGGUGAUUCGCGACGCGUCCCGCAGCUGCCUUGUGUUUCACGACGUAGACCUGCUUCCGCUGGACGGCCGCAACCUGUACGCGUGCUCGCGGCAACCUCGUCACAUGUCCAGCUCUCUCAACUCGUUCCGCUUCAAUCUGCCUUACAUAGAGUUAUUUGGUGGAGCAAUUGCAAUCUCAGUGGAACAAUUCAAGACCGUUAAUGGCUUUGCGAACAGAUUCUUCGGCUGGGGUGGGGAGGAUGACGAUACGUAUGAGAGGUUAAUUGCAUACAAUAUGAGCAUCACUCGAUGGCCAAUGCAUAUUGCGAGGUACAAAAUGCUUAAUCACGUAAGGCAAACACCUAGUGUUAAAAGAAAUGAGGUGCUGGCACACACAAACCCCAGAGACGGUCUCUCCACCCUUGAGUACAAGGUACAGAAGACGGUGAUGAGCAAACUCUACACUCAUGUGAUCGUCGACGUCUAGAGUUGGAACAAAUCGUCGUUGUCUGUGAUAUUGUACAGGCAUCUCCUUAGCAAACAAUGAGGCAUUAUCCCGCGAGGUGAGAAAUCUUCUACACUGAGGUCUAGCACCAGCUAGGAGACCAGAAACCCUUGAAAUUCGCAGGAUCGUCUCUACUGUCAUCAAGAAUCUGCCAAACUGCUUGCUUGCAGUAUUCUGCCAGUCUCAGGCUGGCAACAAGUUCCGGAUAAACAUCGGGGAGGUUGUAAUGCUCAUUUUGGUCGAGUGCAAAUCAAAAUAUUCGCAAUUACAUUAUCAUGUGUGCAAUGUGCACCUAGUGGUGCGUUCGUACGCAUGAUAAUGCAUGCAUACUUGCCAGUAAUAGGUGACAUUUGCAUUUUUGUAAAAUGUAGCUAGAGCUGUGCAGCAUUUUAUUGUAAUACUUUUUUAAUAACCAAUUUACAAUUACUAACUGUAUAUUUAAAAAUGUUAAAUGUAAAAAUGUAAAUUUCUCCCAGUUCCAGUGCCGUUCUCCCAGACCGCGUC